AUUUGAAGUACGCAUCAGAAAAAAUGGUGGACGGUAGUGAAAAUCGACAGAUCAGUGGCGAAUAAGUUCAUGUUUUUUUUAGAAAGAAGAUACUGAGGGAAAGAGUGUAUCGUACAGUUGAUGCGUAACUGAAAGAAUUAACAAUGGGUUCAAACAAACGGCAUAAAACCGAGAAAAGUCGGGACGCUAAGAAGAAGCGUCAUCGUAGCCGUUCACGAAGCUAUACGCCUGAACGUGAGAAAUCGGAAAAGCACAGGCAUCACAAAAAGCACAGAAGAAAAGAGCGCAAGGAUUAUGAUAGCGAUGUCGAAAUAGUUAAUGCACCUCCACCCCCAAAAAUCUCUAAGUCUUCACAUCCAUCAACGCCUCCACCUCCUGAAAUUUCUAAGCAGCAUAGUCCAUCACCGAGCAAAGGCGGUGGGACACAAGCCUCUUUGUCUAUCGAGGAGACUAACAAAUUGAGAGCAAAGCUAGGUUUGAAACCUUUAGAGGUUGACAGUGGCCCGAAAGAUGAUCCUAAUAAGAUUAAGGAUGACUUGGGAGAAUUUUAUCACAAGCCUGCUCCUGAUGUUAAUGAAAAAUUAAAAACGCAGAAAUUAAAGGAAAAAAUUGGUACUCAGAAACAGAAGAGAUUGAUCGAGGCUAAUUUAGCCAAAGUAAAAAGUUUAGGUGAAUGUGAUUCUGAUGAUGAUACCAAAAAUUGGAUCGACAAAAGCAGGCGUUUAGAGGAAGAAAAGAAAAAAGCGGAAGAAAGGGCAAAAAUGUUAGAUCAAUUAGAUGAAGAAUUUGGAAUUGGAAAUUUGGUUAAAGAAGAAAUUCAUGCUGCCCGCAAUACGGCUUACACUGAAAAAAAUUUAAAAGGCCUCAAAGUGGAACAUAAUAUUGACAAAUUUGAAGAAGGUAAGACACUGAUCUUAACACUGAAGGAUCAGGAAGUGUUAGAAGAAGGCGAUGAUGUGCUCGUUAACGUAAAUAUAACAGAUGAGGAACGUUAUCAACGUAAUAUUUUCAACAAGACGAAAAAGCCUGGUUAUGAUGCAUACGACGACGAUAACUUCGAUGAAUUCGGAUUUCCAAAGAAAACGAUUUUAGAAAAAUAUGAUGAAGAGAUCGAAGGGGCGAAAAAAGAGACUUUCACUCUAGGUGUUAAUAAUAUCAAAGAUGUCAAACAGAAUAAACUUGACUACGUGAAACAACGUUUAGCAAACAAACGACUAGAAUCGUUGCAAUUAACAGAGCCGAAACUGGCUAGUGAAUAUUAUAAUGAGGAAGAACUUGCAAAAUUUAAAAAGCCGAAGAAAAAGGUUAGAAAGAUUAGGAAGAAAUUAAAAGCGGAAGACUUAAUUCCUGAAGAUAAUGAUUACCUUCGAGAUCUUGGAAGUAGAAGAACCAAACGAACUGAAGAUGUAAAAGAAAAUGACGCUUUAGAUGUAGAUGAUUUGGGAGCUCCCGCUGAAGAUCUCAGUGGAAUAAAAUUGGAAGAAGAUGACAAAGAGCUGGAAUUACAAUUGGCGUUAAAGAAAGCUCAAAAAUUGAAGGAAUCGCAAUCGUCAAGUAUUGAAAAGGUUGUUGAAACCAUAAAACAAGAGCCUAUGGGCUCUGAAGAAAAUCAAUCUGGAAAUAUCGUUCUUAACGCCACUGCAGAAUUUUGCAGAACCUUAGGAGACAUUCCUACUUAUGGUCUUGCCGGGAAUAGGGAAGAAAAUGGACAGGAACUAAUGAUGAAAGUACGUCAGAACCAGUAGCAAUGGAAGCUGCGAUUUUGGAUGCAGAACCUUCGCUUGGGCACGGCGUUGGUGGAGCUUUAAAACUUGCUAUGAGUAAAGGUUAUUUACAAAAAGAGGAUAGUAGUAGGCCAUCUGCGUCUCGUUUCGCUCAUCUACAGGCUCAAAAUUACUCGAUAGAGGACAAGACUUACGGAGAUGAUGACAAAUUUGGUAGAAGGGAUCGUUUCAAUGGUCCAACGUCAGAAUUCAAAGAGAAAGAUGGUUUCAAACCGAACGUCAAGCUGGAAUACAUCGACGACGAUGGUCACGUUUUAAGCGCAAAGGAAGCUUUUCGAUAUCUUUCGCAUAAAUUCCAUGGGAAAGGCCCGGGAAAAAAUAAGGUUGAGAAACGAAUGAAGAAAGCAGAGCAAGAAGUUUUAAUGAAGCGAAUGUCAUCUACAGACACGCCUCUUGGAACGCUUAAUUUACUGCAAGCAAAACAAAAAGAAACUCAAUCGCCAUACAUAGUACUCAGUGGAAGCAAACAAAUGCAAACGUAAAAGAAUUUCAUAUUGCUAUAUAACAAUAACAGCUGUAAAAAAUUAAUUUCAUGAAACUCAUGAAUUGUCUUUCUAUUUUUUCAGGACUAGCAUAUCGAAGUCAAAACAUUAAGUCUUAGAGUUAAUUUCUAUAAGAACUGUAUAUAACAUAGAGGCAGAAAAAAAUCUCUUAUCGGCACACUUUUUCAGACAGAACAGUACGUUAAUGUCGUCGGAAAGUAAAUGCACAUUUCUUCUUUGAUUUGUUAAUCGACUUACAUGAUAAUAAAACACUUGUGAAUUUACAAAGGAAACUAAUCUUUUUUUCCUUUUUGAUGUCUUUUGAUUAUCUAUACAAAUUUUUAAUUUUUAAUUAAAUUCCAUAUAAUUACAGAAUCAUUCUUAUGUUACAUUUCAAAAGGUUUAUACAUUAAUUUGCUACAAUGAAAAUCGUAAGUAAAUUCACCUCGUCGAACCUGUGUGACAGUAAAACGCGUAAUAAUUGUUAAUAACUGAAAGAUUCAUCCAAAAUUAUGUAUGAAUUCAUUACUCAUACUUUUAGUCAUAUUUACGAACAAUUUUGGUUUAAAUUUUGAACAUAAUUUGCGAGAAAUUAAUGGAACGAAUGCUUCGAUCUAUUGAGUAGAAAUUUCAAAUUUUUAUUUCUACAUUUUAUAGGUUAAAUGAUACGUAG